AUGGACGCGGCGUUCCUGACCACGCUCCUGGACGGCAUACCGCCCUCGUCCGACCUUGACACAGAUUGCACUCUCCACACAAAGCCAUUAGCACUGCGUACACCGCAUAUAUGGCGCCAACUUUUUUCUUCGGUCCCUGCAGAAGCGCCGCCGAUCCCCGAUUCGGCCAACGCCGGCGCAGCGUCGCUGCUCGUGCGACACAUCGAGUCCACAUAUACCGACCGAGACACACAAAUGAGGAUUCUCGAGGCUGCCACGAGUGCACUGCGUAUGGACGCGGCAGACGUUGAGCAUGUAUCUACCCAGCUUGCCGACCUGCUAGGGUUUGACCAGCUUGACCUGGUCAUGGCCCUAUGCGCCAAGCCCGACGCAUCUGGCGCGCAACUGGAGCGCAUCUUGCGGCAUAGGGAGCACGGGGUUGGAUCUAGUCAAGCGCCACUUGCGCUUGCACCUGCGCAGCAUACAGAGACGUACCCGCACGUCUACGCAGCUCCGGAGCAGAACAAUAUCCUUACCGCAGGUGGCGCACGAUUUUCUCUUCCGUUAGGCACAAUGCGCACGCACGAGAAUUUGUAUGAGGAAGUGACGAUUCCGCCGAGCAAUCCGUUACCCUUUCGCUCCACGGAGCGACUUCUUCCAAUCUCGGAGAUGGAUCUCGUGUGCCGAGGCGCAUUCCGUCAUUACAAAACGUUGAACCGCUUGCAAAGCGCUGUAUAUCCGAUGGCCUACCAAACGAAUGAAAACUUACUUAUUUGUGCGCCUACUGGUGCAGGCAAGACCGAUGUCGCGAUGCUGUCCGUUUUGCGUUGCAUCUCGCGCUACGCGACCGUCGACGGGACACAAAUUCACAUCAACAAGGACGCAUUUAAAAUUGUAUACGUUGCACCAAUGAAGGCACUUGUCUCUGAAAUUGUGUCGAAAUUUUCCAAGCGCCUUGCGUACCUCGGCAUCAAGGUCCGGGAGCUUACAGGCGACAUGCAGCUCUCGCGCCGCGAAAUUGCCGAGACACAAAUGGUUGUGACGACGCCGGAGAAAUGGGACGUGGUUACGCGACGACCUACAGGCGAGGGCGAACUGGCACUGUCAGUGCGCCUUCUAAUUAUAGACGAGGUCCAUCUUUUGCACGAAGAUCGCGGCGCAGUCAUCGAGACGAUCGUAGCACGCACACAGCGGCUCGUCGAGUCGACUCAGUCCAUGAUUCGGAUCGUGGGCUUGUCUGCUACGCUGCCAAACUAUGUCGAUGUGGCCGAUUUUUUGGGCGUGAAUCGGUACCGUGGCCUGUUUUACUUUGGCAGCGCUUUUCGUCCCGUCCCGCUUGAGCAGCACUUUCUUGGCGUGCGCGGCAAAGCCGGUUCAACAAUCGCACGCGCAAAUCUCGACCGGGUCGCCUACGAAAAAGUGCAGCAGCUGGUGGAGGCAGGCCACCAGGUAAUGGUGUUUGUGCACACGCGCAAGGAUACAGUCAAGUCAGCCGAGUCUUUGCUGGAGCUAGGCAAAGACGAUGGACUGGAAGCGAUGCUUACGGAGCAAUGCACAGAGAAUACUGUACUUCAACGCAACGUAGCAAUGAGCCGUAAUCGCGAGAUGCGCGAGUUGUUUGCGCAUGGAAUUGGAAUCCAUAAUGCAGGCAUGCUUCGUAGCGAUCGCGACUUGGCCGAACGUGCGUUUGCGGAGGGCGCCACGCGGAUUCUGUUCAGCACGGCAACACUGGCAUGGGGGGUAAAUCUGCCCGCGUAUGCAGUGAUUAUCAAAGGGACCGACGUGUACAACGCCGAUGUGAGUAAGUUUGUCGAUCUCGGGAUCCUCGACGUGCUUCAAAUCUUUGGGCGUGCAGGCCGACCGCAGUACGAGGAUAAGGGCGUGGGGUACAUUUGCACCAAUAUCGACAAGCUUCCGCACUACAUCGAGUCUGUCACUGCGUCGCACCCCAUCGAGUCCACCUUUUUGCAAGGUAUUGUUGACGCAUUGAACGCCGAGAUUGCAUUGGGCUCUGUUGCGAGUAUCACCGAAGGCGUGUCUUGGCUUGGAUUUACCUAUCUGUUUACGCGUCUCAAAAAAGCACCGCUCGUGUACGGAAUCAGCUUGCAGGACCUCGCGGCGGACCCAACCCUGGCGACGCGUCGCGCUUAUUGGAUCAGCAACGCCGCCAAGGUCCUGACCAAGCACGGAAUGGUCGUGCAUGACACCACGUCCGGGCGCUUGUACCCUACGAAUAUUGGCCGGAUUGCGUCUCGCUACUACAUUGGGCACCGCACCGUUGAAGUCUUUCAGCAGCGGUUGCGCAACAAUCUGCGCGAGGCCGAUGCAUUGGACUUGAUGAGCCGCGCCGUCGAUUUUGGUCAGGUCACGUACCGCGAGUCGGAGGAAACGGAGCUGAGACGAUUGCUGGAUAGCGUCCCAUGCCAAGUGGCAGGCGGCGCCAGGACCGCGCUCGGGAAGGUGAAUAUCCUCUUGCAAGCGUUUGUGAGCAAUCUGUUUAUUGAAGACUUUGCCCUCGUCUCGGAUGGGCGCUACGUAAGUCAGAAUGCGGGUCGUGUCCUCCUUUCCCUGGUGGAUAUGGCGCUGGAGCGCGGGUAUGCGACCGCCGCUUUUGCUUUUCUCAAUCUCGCCAAGGCCGUCGACCGGCGCAUGUGGCCGUUUGAGCACCCGCUAAAGCAGAUGCAGCUCAAGGCCGAAGUGAAGCACAAAGUGCUUACAUUUGCAGACGACUUGGAGGUAGGGCAACUACGCGCCAUGCCACUUCCAGCGCUUGGCACUCUGCUACGUGCGAACCAGGCGAUCGCAGAGGUAGUACACAACGCUGCAAUGCGCUUUCCACAAGUGCAGCUUGCAGUGCGGACCUAUCCUUUGCCCGACGCACACGUCCGACUCGACAUUGGCCUGCGCCGCGAUUUUGUGUGGGACGAAAAGGUGCAUGGCAGCACACUGCCAAUUUUGCUGUGGGUCGAAGACGCGACACAGCGUGUCGUAUACACUGAGCGUCUUAUAUUGCGCAAUACGACCCAAGCGCUAGGCAAUCCCUCCACGCCGGAUAUACGCGUUUCAAUUCAUGUUGCAUUGCACGAUCCUGCAACACGGCCAGCGUCGCAGGAGAUGUACACGGUCGUUUGGGCUUCGCAGCAUUGGCUUGGUGCCGACGGUGCCGUGGAGCUUGACAUGAAUGACGUGUGGUGUCCAGAGCCGUCGGCCAGCACCCGUUUGUUGCCGCUUCCAUUGCUGCAUGUUAAAGACGCGGUGAAGUAUGCAGAGGAGUACACAUGCGACGGGAUCCAUGCAUUUAAUCUUGUGCAAACCCAAGUUUUUCACACGCUCGCCCAUUCUGCGCGGAACGUACUGCUGUGUGCGCCGCCAGGCGCCGGAAAAAAAACGGUGAUCGAAAUGGCGAUUUGCCGUGCAUUGGAUCUUAACGAGACUGUGCUUGUCCUUGCGCCACACGAUGCAGCGGCUAGGCAGUACACUGCACAGCUCUCGCGCCGUGCGUGGACCGCAGGAAAGCUGAUCGGGAAAGGCGCAGCGAUACAGGUCGUGACGCCAGCGACUCUGUCCUCACCCAGCACGGCGCUGUGUAUUUUGUUGGACAUGCAUUGCAUGGAUGCGACAUACGAACUUGCAGUGAUACAGAUUUUGCGUAAUGCGCCUCGGCGCAUUGUUGCGAGCUCCGCCAGCCUUGCAAGCGCAGAGUGCGUCGCUUCAUGGCUGGGCAUUGCACCGCGACAUGUGUACAACUAUGCGCCAGAGGACCGACCGUAUCCUGUAUCGCUCACCAUGGACACGGUCGAUAUUCCGUACUCGGACACACAAGUCCGAGGCUAUAUUAAGCCAGCAUACGAGCGAGUGCGUGCUGCGCCAGGGCCUGCAAUUUUGAUCACACCGUUGCGCAACCAGUCCUGGAUUGCAGCGAAUGAAUUGCUCGCACGCAUGGCCACCGAUCCAGAAGCACUUGCUACCCCUUUGCAGGAUCCAGAGGCGAUUGCUGCACGCGCGCAACGCACGGAUCUUGCUCAUCUUUUGCGACAAGGAAUUGGUGUAUGGCACAAGGGGCUUGGUGCCCAAGAUUGCAGACUGGUCGAGGAACUGUAUGAAAUGGGGCUUGUGCGCAUCUUGCUAAUUUCGCGCGACGCUGUGCCGCUGCUUACUAUGCGUGCAGGACUGGUCGGCGUGCUUGGUACAGAGUACAUGCAAACAUCUGGCGUGGGAACAGGUUUGGAGCACUAUUCGCUCCCCGUUUUGCUCGAGAUGCAGGCGCUUGCCGUCCGGCCUGCCGAGACGAGAGGUGCAUUUGCCGUCAUGUGCCAUCAGACGCGCGCUGCGACGCUGCAACGGCUGCUGUGUGCGCCAUAUGCAUUGGAAUCCAAAUUGGAUGCCAGCGCACUUUUAGCGCCGCUUCUGCUGGAAAUUCAGGCGCAGCGAGUAAAGACGAUGGAAGACGCUUGUGCAUGGCUCAGUGCUUCGUUUUUCGCAAGGCGCGCCUUGGCUAAUCCAGGAUAUUACCAAAUUGCCGCGCCUGUACACGGCGCGACGCGUACUGAAGCGGCGGCCGCUGUUUCAGCUGUGCUUGAUGAGACGGCACAGCUUGCAGCGCAUAUGGGACUGAUUGUGUGCAAGGAUAAAGCGAUGCACCUUACCAGGCUUGGUACCGGCGCUUUGGCGCACGAUGUGGAAAAUUGGCAUGCACUGAUGGUGUCGGGCAUUGACAGGUAUAGUGUGUCGGAUGAUAUUGCACACCGGCUCUCGACAUUUGCAGCACCGACGUCGGAGGAGAAUGAUGUGCUGUUGCAGGUGCUCAAGCGCAGCAUACCAAAGCCGAUUCUUGACGCGGUUAAAUUCGAGUCGCUCCCUGCGUUACUUCUUGCGUGCUGGCUCGCCGAUACGCGGCGUGGAGGUCCGCGAGCGUCGAUGGAGAUACUUGUGCGGGAUCUUGGCGCGAAAAACGCAGCUCAGGCUGCACAAUUGCGCGACGCGCUUUUGGUGCAUCUGAGUCGGUCGCGUCGAGCAGGUAGGGAAUAG